AUGGGACUGUGCAUUGGCCCAUCUGUGGCUAUAACGGCACUCAUUGUGGCCAUUCUGGUGGUUCCAAUGAGUUGCCAAAGGCGUAAAGUGGUAAACAUUGGUGCUGUUUUCACUUUUGAUUCGGUUAUUGGAAGAGCUGCAAAAGUAGCUCUCGAGGCAGCUGUCUCCGAUGUGAACGCUGACAAAAGCGUUCUCAAAGAUACGGAGCUACGCCUGCUCAUGGAGGACUCUUCCUGCAAUGUCUUCCAUGGUUCCUUCGGAGCUUUUGAAGUGCUUGAGAAAGAAGUGGUGGCUAUAGUCGGUCCAAUUUCAUCCUCCAUCGCUCAUACAAUGUCAGAUAUAGCCAAAGGGCUUCACUUUCCUCUCGUCUCAUUUGCAGCAACUGAUCCAACUCUCUCUGCCCUCCAGUUUCCCUUCUUUCUCCGCACCACACCUGAUGAUGCUCACCAGAUGUCUGCCCUCGUGGAUCUCAUCAAUUUCCAUGGAUGGAAAGAGGUGAUAUCAGUUUACUCAGACGACGAGCUCGGACGAAAUGGAGUUUCUGCUCUAGAUGAUGAGCUCUACAAGAAAAGAUCCAGAAUCUCCUACAAAGUGCCUCUCUCAGUGCAUUCUGAUGAAAACUCCAUUACUGAUGCUUUGAACAAGUCCAAGUCUCUCGGUCCUCGAGUCUAUGUACUUCAUUUUGGUCCUGACCCAUCGCUCAGAAUCUUUAGUGUAGCGCAAAAGCUGCAGAUGAUGACACAUGAAUAUGUCUGGCUCGCUACAGACUGGCUCUCAGUCACCUUAGACUCUUCUUUGAUUGACAAAGAUACUUUAAAACGUCUUGAAGGAGUAGUGGGGCUUCGUCAACACAUGCCAAACUCCUUGAAGAUGAACCAAUUCACAAAGAGCAACGUAUCAAUGAAUGCCUACGCAUUUCAUGCCUAUGAUACAGUGUGGAUGAUUGCGUAUGGUAUCGAGAAAGUGCUGAAUGAAGGAGUCAACAUAACGUUCUCUUACUCGGAGAAGUUAGUUCAAGCACAAGGAGCUAAACUGCACCUGGAGAGAAUCAAGAUUUUCGACAGCGGGGAGCUACUUCUUGAGAAGCUUCUGGACGUGAACUUCACUGGUGUAGCCGGUCAAGUGCAGUUUGGUUCUGGUCGAAACGUCAUUGGCUGUGACUACGAGAUCAUCAAUGUAGACAAAACCGGUGUUCACACUGUGGGGUUUUGGUCGAAUGGAAGCUUUUCGGUUGUAGCCCCAAAGACUCUACAGAAACAAAGCAAGACGAGCCUUGUUUUUGAGGAAAGACUAGGAAACAUAACCUGGCCUGGUGGUGGGCGUGAAAAGCCUCGUGGUUGGGUCAUUGCAGAUUCAGAGAAUCCGUUGAAGAUUCUUGUCCCGAGAAGAGUGAGCUUUGUUGAGUUUGUGACUGAAGAAAAGAACAGUAGCCAUCUGAUCCAAGGAUAUUGCGUUGACAUCUUCCUUGAAGCAUUAAAGCUCGUCCCCUAUAGUGUUCCUUACAAAUUCGUGUCAUUAGGAAAUGGCCAUUCAAGUCCUAAUUACAACCAGCUUAUUCACAUGGUCGCAGAUGGUGAAUAUGAUGCAGCAGUUGGUGAUAUUGCAAUAGUCCCAAGCCGGUCCAAACUAGUUGAUUUCUCGCAGCCGUAUGCUUCCACAGGCCUUGUGGUGGUGAUACCGGCUAACGACGACAAUGCAACUUGGAUCUUUCUGAGACCCUUCACCAUCCGGUUAUGGUUCGUUGUUCUAGCUUCGUUUCUGGUUAUUGCCGUGGUCAUCUGGAUCCUCGAACAUCGCAUCAAUGAAGAUUUCAGAGGGCCACCCCGAAGACAAAUCUCAACUAUGUUCUUGUUCAGCUUCUCAACUCUUUUCAAGAGAAACCAGGAAGAUACGAAGAGCAAUCUAGCAAGACUAGUGAUGAUUGUAUGGCUCUUCUUAUUGAUGGUUCUAACCGCGAGCUACACAGCAAACCUCACCUCAAUCCUCACAGUUCAACAGCUUCCCUCUGCCAUCACCGGCAUAGACAGCUUGCGGGCGAUGGAGCUGCCUAUCGGUUACCAGUCUGGGACGUUCACUUUAGAGUACUUGACCUACAGUCUUGGCAUGUCUCGGUCUAGGCUGGUCCCACUUGACUCGACCGAGGAGUAUGAAAGUGCUCUUAAGCUAGGACCUACCUCUCCCGGAGGCGUAGCUGCCAUUGUCGACGAGCUCCCUUACAUUGAACUGUUUCUAGCGGAACGGACUGGUUUCAAGAUUGUAGGAGAGCCCUUUAUGCACCGUGGUUGGGGAUUUGCGUUUAAGAGAGACUCUCCACUGGCUGUAGACAUGUCAACAGCGAUCUUGAAACUCUCCGAGACGAGAAAACUGCAAGAGAUUAGGAAGAAGUGGUUGUGCAAGACGACUUGCGCAGAGAAAUCAGACUGGAACCCAGAGCCAAACCAGCUUCACCUCAAGAGCUUCAAAGGGUUGUACCUUGUCUGCAUUGGAAUCACAAUCUCUGCGUUUUUAGUGUUUGUUUUAAGAAUGAUACGCCAGUUUGUGCGGUACAGACGGAUGGAGAGGACAAGCUCGACUCCACGCGCUUCUUGGUCGUCUUCUCCUGCGGUUCGGUUAAGGGAAUUAGUGUUUGAUUUCGUUGAGUUUAUUGAUGAGAAAGAAGAAGCUAUCAAGAGAAUGUUCAGAAAGAGUGAUGAUGCCUCCAACAACAACCCAUCUCAUGUUGUUGAAGUCCAAGCUGAUUCUGAGGUACGAUAA